AUGGGAAGCAAUUCAACAAUCCAAACUUCAAGGCUUUUUGCCAAUCCUACAACAUUGGCCUAUUGGCCUAUCUCUGUGGCUUACCCACAGGCUAAUGGUCAGGUGGAAGUGACCAACAGAACACUGCUAGAGGGAGUCAAGAAAAGGUUACAGGGAGCCAAAGGUAAGUGGGUCGAAGAGCUUCCUAGUGUCCUAUGGGCAUACCGAACAACAGUAAGGAAGCCCACAGGGGAGAGCCCAUUCCAACUGGCAUAUGGUACCGAGGCCUUGGCACCAGUGGAAGUCCUAGCCAUGUCCCAUAGAAUCUUGCACUUCAACGAACGCACAUAUGAUGAUGGGCUCCAGGCAAACUUAGAUUUCUUAGACGAGGUUUACGAGAAGGCACUGCUUAGGAACGUGGCAUACCAGCAGCGAACGGCCAAGUAA